CAAAGGCUGGCUUCGCGGGUUGAUUCGCUGUGAUAUUCCCAGGGUGCAGGACACUCACUGCCUGGCACCAGGCAGACGCUCAGGCACGUUGGCUACGUGAAUGAAAGGUGAGCAGGAAAGGCAAUGCCAGGAGUCCACGGCAACACUGGAGGAGGAGAACGGGACCGUGCGGAACCUACGGGAAGAAUCCGAAAGUUCGUCCAGCAUGCUCUGCCCACCCCCCGCCGAGGCGCACUGACCAUGAGCCUCAACUCCUCCCUCAGCCACAGGAAGGAGCUGAGUAACCUCACUGAGGAGAUCGGUGGCCAAGGGGGCGUCGUCGUCACCGAGUUCAUCGCCAUUGUCGUCAUCACCAUUUUCAUCUGCCUGGGCAACCUGGUAAUCGUGGUCACCUUGUACAGGAAGUCCUACCUCCUCACCCUCAGCAACAAGUUCGUCUUCAGCCUGACCCUGUCCAACUUCCUGCUGUCCGUGCUGGUGCUGCCUUUUGUGGCGACCAGCUCCAUUCGGAGGGAAUGGAUCUUCGGUGUGGUCUGGUGCAACUUCUCGGCCCUCCUCUACCUGCUCAUCAGCUCGGCCAGCAUGCUCACCCUCGGGGUCAUUGCCGUCGACCGCUACUAUGCUGUCCUGUACCCCAUGGUGUACCCCAUGAAGAUCACAGGCAACCGAGCCGUGGUGGCGCUUGCCUACAUCUGGCUUCACUCCCUCAUCGGCUGCCUGCCACCUCUAUUUGGUUGGUCGUCGGUGGAGUUUGACGAGUUCAAGUGGAUGUGCGUGGCCGCGUGGCACCGGGAACCUAGCUAUACCGCCUUCUGGCAGAUCUGGUGUGCCCUGUUCCCCUUCCUGGUCAUGCUGGUGUGCUAUGGCUUCAUCUUCCGCGUGGCCAGGGUCAAGGCACGCAAGGUGCACUGUGGCACCGUGGUCCUUGUGGAGGAGGACGCGCACAGGAACGGCAGGAAGAACUCCAGCACCUCCACCUCUUCCUCGGGCAGUAGGAAGAACGCCUUUCAGGGCGUGGUCUAUUCGGCCAACCAGUGCAAAGCGCUCAUCACCAUCCUGGUGGUCAUUGGUGCCUUCAUGGUCACUUGGGGCCCCUACAUGGUUGUGAUCACCUCUGAGGCCCUCUGGGGGCAGAACUAUGUCUCCCCAACCCUGGAGACCUGGGCCACUUGGCUGUCCUUUACCAGUGCCAUCUGCCACCCCCUGAUCUACGGACUCUGGAACAAGACGGUUCGCAAGGAGCUACUGGGCAUGUGCUUUGGGGACCGGUAUUACCGGGAACCGUUUGUGCAGCGGCAGAGGACUUCCAGGCUCUUCAGCAUUUCCAACAGGAUCACAGACCUGGGCCUCUCCCCACACCUCACGGCACUCAUGGCAGGCGGGCAGCCCCUGGGGAACAGCAGCAGCACGGGGGACACCGGCUUCAGCUGCUCUCAGGACUCAGGAACGGAUGUCAUGCUGCUCGAAGACUUCACGUCUGAUGACAUCCCUCCCUCCCACACUUGCCCACCCAAGAGGAGGAGCUCAGUGACGUUCGAAGAUGAAGUGGAACAAAUCAAAGAAGCUGCCAAGAACCCUAUUCUUCACGUGAAAGCCGAAGUGCACAAGUCCUUGGACAGUUACGCAGCCAGCUUGGCCAAAGCCAUAGAGGCUGAAGCCAAAGUCAACUUAUUUGGGGAGGAGGCUUUGCCUGGGGUCUUGCUUGCAGCACGGACCGUCCCCGGGGUUGGCUUUGGGAGCCACCGAGGCAGCAGAACUCUUGCGAGUCAGAGGCUGCAGCUGCAGAGCAUCGAAGAGGGGAACGUUCUAGCUGCGGAGCAGACGUGAGGGUGGAUGCCCGUUACCAUCUGUGCCGGGGCCCGGGAGCAACGCUGGGGUGCAGCCAUCAGAAAAAACACUGAAAA